CUGAAAGGAAUGUCAUUCAUAGAUUGAUAAUGUAUUACUACGUGCAUCGGGAAAAAUCGGAAUAUGAAUCAAUGGGACUAUGUUGGAUAAGACUUUGUCAGUUAAAUGGGAAACCAGGAUUAGCUGCCAGACUUCUGACAGAGAUGUUACAAGAAGAUCCUCCAAAAGUUGCUAUUAUUGGACCUACACUUUCAAACUCCCUCACUGUGACAGGUCAAAUUGUUCCCUUCUACAACAUUAUAGAGUUGUCUUAUAUCGCAACAACAGCAACAACCACAGACCGAUCUCUUUUCUCAACACUUUUCAAAGUAAAUCAAGUGGCAAAUACAUUAAAUCCACUUAGAAUAAAGAUGAUGAAACAUUUUGGAUGGUCAAGAGUAGGAACCAUUGCAUACCAAGAGGAGUUUUCUGUUUCGCAAAUUGAUGAUUUUCAUGAUCGUCUGCGAGAAAAUAACCAGACACUGGUAACAUCUGCCGUUAUAUCAGACACCAGCAAUAUCGGUGAUAUCCUGAAAAGAUAUAAGCAAUUUGGAGUUCGGAUCAUUAUGGCAGCAUUCAGAGGAAAAGUUGCACCAAAAAUAUUUUGCGAGGUGUACCAUCAAGGUAUGUAUGGCGAUAGCUAUGUCUGGAUACUGUCUGGGCCAACAUUGUUUGAUGGUUGGAUAGAUGAUGCUGACAUGAACAAAAUAGACUGCACUAAGGAAGAGUUAAUUGAAGCAACUAAUGGACAUUUCACUCUUGAUCACCUACGAGAAAGUACAUCGCAAAAGCCAUGUACUUUCGGAGAGACCCCAAAAGAGAUAAUGAAUAAAUUGCAAGAUCUUGUGAAAGUUACUAAUUACGAAAUGUCAACAUUUAUAAGUUGGAUCUAUGACACACCUUGGGCGCUCGCACUAGGAUUAAACAACAGUAUAAAGUAUUUGGCUGAAUCAGGACUACAGCUUCACAACUAUAAUUACAGUUCUCAAUACAUAGACGCUGUUAUCCAUGGGAUGAAGGAAGUUCGCUUUGAUGGUGUUUCGGGACCUGUGGCCUUUGAUGAGACUGGUAGUCGAGUAGGUGUCAAUUUCAUUCAACAGAACUUUUAUAAGGAAACGCGUAAUGUUGCCAGCCUUGACGGCACAACAGGUCAGCUGACGUGGCUUGUAGAUAGUUCCUCUCUCUGGUCAGGUAACGAGAUUCCAAAGGACAGAUUUAUUUAUCAAGAUGUAUUAGUACCACCUAGCAAGAUAGCCUUUGGUCUGAUAGUUGCCUUGGAUUUGGUUGGAUGCUUGUUAUCAAUGACAUUCUUAUUUUUCAACAUCUACUUCAGAAACAACAGAUCAAUUAAAAUGUCUAGUCCAAUGGUGAACAAUGUUAUAAUUGCCGGAUGCCUGUUGAUGUAUUUGGAAAUUCUUGUAAAUGCAAUAGACUACUUUAGAAACAAGAACGACGUGUUCGGCGACAGCAUGUGUAUGGUCAGGACAUGGCUUUUAUCCUUGGGAUUCACAUCAAUUUUUGGAGCACUUUUCUCGAAAACUUACCGUGUUUAUGUAGUUUUCCGAGAUUACAAAUUGCGUGGGAAGGCAAUCAAAGACUACCAUCUUUUUGGAAUGAUUGGAACCAUGCUUGUUGUUGAUCUGUUGAUUUUGAUUCCCUGGACAACGUUUUUUCCUCUUGUCAAAGCAAAAGUAUUAAAGAAUGCUAUGGAUGUUCGUAACAACAACAUGAUAUAUUCGGAGAGCUACCUUCAUUGUUACAACGUAACCACGGCUUAUUGGAUGGCCGCUUUAUAUGUCUAUAAAGGGCUUCUUCUAGCUUUUGGAACGUUCUUAGCAUGGGAAACUCGUCAAGUCACCAUUCCUGUUCUGAAUGACUCCAAGUUUAUAGGCGCUUGUAUUUAUAACGUUGUCAUUGCGUGUGUAUUCGGGGUACCCCUGGCGCAUGUUCUCCCAAUAGAACAAAAGACAUUGUCGUUUGUGUUGGAGUCAUGCUUACUUUUCUUCUGCACAACAAGUACUCAGUGUAUCAUUUUCAUACCUAAGAUUAAAGUCUUGGAACUAAUCAGUAUGGGUGUCAUAGCAAGACAGGGUCGUGACCCGAGUAGGUCUCAAACUCUUGAUCUCUAA